GGUGGUCGGUCGGUCGGGUAAAGUAGCCGCUAUUGAUGCGGGUGCGCUAUGGGUUGAUGGGCGUACCCAGGAUUCAUCCUCAGCUCGGAUCGGAUGUCUUGGAUUAGAUUGGGGUCUGUGUGGAUUUUGGGAGGAAUUGGCGAUGGGGAGUGCCUUGAGGGAAAAGGGGGAGAUAUAAGAAGGGUCAUCGCCGGUGGGAUGAGUUGAGACUUGUUCUCGAGUGAACAACGCUUGGGUUACUGUUCUAACCUGACCAUAUUGUUGUCCUUGUUGGACACGAUGAACGACCUUACUGGCCCUGAAAUUAAGCGUCCGCCACGCCGACUCGUCCUCUGCUGUGACGGAUCGUGGCAGUCGUCUAACCAUGGGGAGAAGAAUAUCGCCUCGAACAUCGCCAAGCUCAGUCGUGCCAUUGGAAAUUAUGGCGUCAGUCCCGAUGGCGAAAUCAUCCAGCAGAUCGUGUAUUAUGAUGCUGGUGUUGGCACGGGCACCAGUGCGACCAGCACCACCGGCAAGGUGAUGGCUGGGAUUCAGAAGCGCUGGGAGGGUGGAUUCGGUCGCGGUUUGGAGGAGAAUGUGUGCGAGGGGUAUAAUUUUAUCGUCAAUAACUGGUUACCCGGGGAUGAAAUCUACAUUUUUGGAUUCUCGCGCGGCGCAUACACGGCUCGGGCACUGGCCGGGAUGAUCUGCAACAUGGGGAUCUGCUUCCCCGACAUGAUGGACGACUGGUGGGCCAUGUAUGAGUGGUAUAAGACGCGAAAGGAGGUAAAGGAAGAGGAGAAACCGAUGCCUCCGACCAAUGAAUGGAAGGGGACUUUUCAUGCCAUCACGACAUCUGGAGCGUAUGCGCAGCCAAAGGUGGAAUUCAAGGACCAUUUCUGGAAAAAUGUGCCCAUCGAAGUGGUCGGGGUGUUUGACACCGUUGGUGCCCUAGGACUGCCCAACAAUAACUGGGUUGACUUUUCCGACUACAACGAAUCCGAGUAUGGCUUUCAUGAUACGAACGUGCACCCGCAGAUCAAGUAUGCUUUUCACGCUUUGGCUCUGGAUGAGCAUCGCAAGGCUUUUGAGCCUACGCUGUGGCAUCUGCCUAAGGAGAACGACAAGACUAAGUUGUUUCAGUGCUGGUUCCCGGGAUACCAUAUCAAUGUUGGAGGAGGAAGCGAUCACACUGCGCAGCAUUAUGGAGAUUUGGAGUCCAUGGCGAGUUUGUCGCUAGCGUGGAUGAUCGAUCAGGUUCGUCGAUGGACGAGUCUCGAGUUUGAGGAUUACGCCUUGAAGCGGUUGUAUCACAACUAUGUCUCCACGAUUUUCGAUCUCUCCCGGCGGUCAUUCAAGCAGGGUGACUCUCAUCAUCACUAUAACUUUGGGCCGACCGACAAGGAAAGUGCCAUUGGCGUUGCUGAUCCCGAGAACCCCACGGCCUACGGAGGCUGGGGAAUGGGCUAUCGACCGGAUAGCCUGGAAGGGCUCAUGAAAAUGGCUGGGUCCGAGGUUCGCACUCCAGGACAGUAUAAAUCCAAGAAGAAGGACGACAGUCCAGCGGCCCGGUUGACGACAGGGAAAUUGACCACGAACGAGUACAUCCACCCCGUCGUGGCAUACGCCAUGAGUCAGGCGUAUCAGGACGCGAACGGAAAGACAGUGUUAAAGUACGAGCCCAGCGCACUGAGUGGAUUCGAACGCGUCAAAGAUCCAGUGGAUCCAUAUCGUCCGAACGACGUAUAUAUUGGAAUAUUUUGGCGAAAGGAGGUUGAUGCCGACGAGCCGGGGCCAACCUCGUAUGCGAAGAAAGGGUGGGACUAUGCCAAGUCGUUCAUCUGGACCCCCGAGCCGACCGAGAAGAAGUUCAUCUAUAUCCGAGAAAUGCCACUGUGGUGGGACGGCCGCGACAACUACAUGAACGAGAGAGACUACAUGCGCGCCGACUGGCUUGCGUUCAAAGCUCCCAGACUGGGAUUCGAUGAAUCGGUCGAAAAGGACGUCGCAGCCUAUUUGGAGACCAUUCAAAAUUCCGAUGACCUGACAGGCCGGGAGAAAAAACUGCUGGAAUUCCUCCAAGAAGCUGCUGAUAAGUUGUACAGUAGUAUCUGGAAGGAAAAGUCGCUGACCUAUUCUUUGCGUGGAAGACCGUCGCCGGGACUUGAACAGGAGAAAUCCGAACUGAUGCGACAGACCGGGGCACGCACUCGGCAGUUUAUGGGAGAUCUGGAUGAGGGCAAGAUAUGAUGUUGAUAGAGAUGUGUUGAUUUGUGAUGUGGGUUGUCAAUUAAAUGUAAUAAUCAUGUUAUAUGUUGAGCUGCGGCAGACGCCACAUCCUUGACCAGAGAUCAUCCCUAGAUGCGCCUAGUUUGUCAAG